GCACCUCUUUCCUCCAUUUCCUAAGGCAUCAUUAGCGAUGGAGUACUCGCCAAAGCUAGCGGCGGCACUGCUCUUAGCUCUCGCGUCCGCCAUGAUCGUCACCGCCCAGAACGGGGGCGAUGACAUGCUGAACGCCCACAAUGAAGUGCGCGCCGCCGUCGGUGUGGGGCCAGUGACGUGGGACCCCAUAGUGGCGGCGUACGCGCAGUCGUACGCGGAGAAGCGCCGCGCCGACUGCCAGCUAGUACUCUCUCCGGAGGUGCGCCCAUACGGAGAGAACCUCUUUCGGGCCGCUGGGGCCGAAUGGAAUGCGGUGGACGCAGUGAUUUAUUGGGCGUCCGGGAAGCAGUACUACGACCACGCCACCAACACCUGCUCCGCACCUACGGGUGAGUCGUGCAUGGGAUACCUGCAGUUGGUGUGGAGGGACACGAAGACCAUCGGCUGCGGCGCUGUCCUCUGUGACGGCAACGCUGGCGUGUUUGUCAUCUGCAGUUACAGCCCGCCGCCCGUGGUCGGGCAAGUUCCAUACUAGGCUACGUACCAAGUAUGCAUGCGGCUAUGCAUGCAUGCACGCAGCACCAUGUUGCUUAAAUAAAUAAUUAAGGGAUACUCCUAGGGCUGGGCACUAAUUCUCGGUCGAUUGAUGUCACCGAUAUGUGUGUGUGUGACCAGAAUCCCUCCUCCCUUCACUCCUGUAUCGUUCUGGGCUUUGAUUGUUUUUGUAUUUGUCCCGUAACAUGUGAUUGGGCUCGUAUUUGUUUGUAUUUGAGCUUAUUAUUCCGGUUGUAUACGGGCUUAA